UGAAUUAGGGACAGGUGCACGACGAGGACACAGCCAGCACAUUUUUCUCAACAGGCAUAUCCUUGUCUGUCUGUUCGGCUGAGUUAAACCAUCGAAACUUAUUUUUUACGACGUUUUAUUUGAUAUAUAAUUUAUAAAGAUAUGGCCUACAGAGGUUGCACUGAGUAGUUAACAGUUUGUAUUAGCAGCAGUUUGUACCAGCAGCAGUUCAGUCCACGCAGUGCCGAGCAUCGAGCCACAUCACUGAGCUGCUCCUGUUGCUUCAACAACACCACAUUACUGCUCGGGAAGUGAGGACGGGAAAGGCUUUUUGUACCAACGAUGGACAGUAUGAUGGACAGUAUGCUGGACAAUCUGUCAAACUCUGAGUUGAUCAGCAUUUGUGUUCGUGACCCAAGGCUCCUUAAAGAUGACCUCUGGCACACGCACGUCGACUAUGAGAUCUGUUUACAUACCAAUAGCAUGUGCUUUCGAAAAAAGUCUUCCAGUGUAAGGCGGCGUUACAGUGAGUUUGUUUGGCUGCGUCAUUGUCUGGAACAGAAUGCUCUGAUCAUGGAGUUGCCAAAGUUGCCGUCCUGGAACCCGUUCUUCAGUUUGAAGAACCCAGUGCAGGUCUCUCAGAGGAUGAAGGGCUUCCAGGAGUUUUUAGAAGAUGUUCUUCAAACCCCUUUGUUGUUAUCGGACAGUCGACUCCAUCUGUUCCUCCAGUCAGACCUCAGCAUCGCGAGGAUAGAAAAGUGUGCUCGCGGUAAGACCAGGUACACGGUGGCUGAAGCGAUCCAGCGUUGCAGCAGUUACAUGAGCAGAUUGGAGGACAAGGCCUCCUGUGACUCUGACUGUGAAAGCUCUUCUUCGUCAGGCUGUCAGAGUCUGGACACGCCAGUACGAGGAACCCCGGUCCCCUUCUCCGACAGAGACCCACUGUUUAGCUGUCUUUCAGGAUCCCUGCCCCACUUGUAGCACCCUAAUGCACGGCCAUAGCGCUGCUUGUGACACUUCAUUGGAGCUCUUGCUUUUCUUAACUUCCAAAGAGCAAAAUGCUUUGUUGUACUUUGUUGUUAUUAUUCCCCUUAGACAUUUGUUUUAAUAUUGUGCUUUAGUUUUCUCUUAGAGCAAUACCAUGGCCAUGUAAUUUAGUGUGUAUUUAUAAAAAAAAAUCAAUUUUUAUGGAAAUGUAUAGUAAACUUACAUAAUGUUGAUUUCUUAAAUAUUUACUAUGUUUACAUUUUUAUCUGCGCUGAAGCUCUACCUAGGAUGGUAUGAGCUUUGAAUUGUAGACAGGGAUUUUUAGACAAAAUAUUUGAGUAGUUUUAUGAUUUAUUAAUGGAUGAAUAAAUGUCUUUUUUUGAAGAAAAACAA